AAGUCAACACAAUGCAAGUUCCUUUUGUUUGUGCUUUGGCUAUGGAGCCCAGAAGAUCACUCGCGUCAGGGUCUUUGAAAUCGUAAAUGUUUCAAGCUAAACGCAUCCACAUAAUCACAUUUUGAGUGGUUAUUGAAAUGCAAAGCCCCUAAUGAAUGUGAGACUAUUUGGGAAACAGAAACUAGGUGUUAAAUUGGAUGGAAAUGGGAAACUUUAGGCAGUGAUGCCAUGUGGGAACUUUUUGUGCAAGCUUAAUGGAAGUGGUUCAGAACCAUGCUUGUGUAAUGAGUAACCUUAGCUGAGACGUGAAGACUUGCAUUAGCUCCCCGAGCUAAUGCCUACCCAGCUAGCACAGUGGAUCUGGGCUCAUUCCAGCUGAGAGUCGGGGCACUAUUCCAACUGUCAUAAACAGGCCACUAGAGCUCGACCAUCAAGACGCAAACUGCUAACCAACCUCUUCUGAUUAAUCAAGCCUGCCAGCUAAUUCCAGCAGUAGCCUCAGCUCUUCCUCCUGCAGCCAGCCAGCUAUUCAGCCAACAAAGGUGAUUAAGGUUCCUAAGAAUUAAUGUGUAGGAGAAGGUGGAGGUCAGGGUGAGGUUGAUGAUGCUGAGGAGAACAUUGAUGAUGAGGUUGAAAGUCCAGCGGACCGUUUCAAAGGCUACUUGGUGAAUUGGGCUCUUGAAUAUGGAAUAACAAGAAGAAGGAGAGCGAAGUUGUGCCUUCAUCAUGGGUCCAGGAUGGCAUGAGCUACUGGCCCCCUUAUACAUCCACAGAACGCUGCACAAGGGCAGUGAAACGUCAAGAAGCACCUGACGUAACAUGGGGUUUGUUUGAUGUGAACAUCAGGUACACUAGAGACACAUAUGAAGAGGCUCGCCGUAAGCUUCCUAUGGCUGUGGUCCAAUCUGAUCUUCAGACUGAGGAGGAUGACCGCCCCGCAUAUAUGAAGAGAAAAGGAAGGGGCACAAAUACGCAAAUAUUCAGUGCCACUGAAAGUGAGGAUGAGGGACCAAAGGAAAAGUUUCCACUCAAGGACCAGUCAAACCCCUCGAAAGGUUUGCCACCUGCACCAGUUAUCAGACCUCCAGAGGACAGACGAGAGACACCUGGGAAUUCUGAUAGGCCAACAAGGAUUGAGCCAAACAUUCAAGAACAGCAGCAGCCAGUGUGUGAUCCAAUUCUUCGUGAGAUCUUAACCUCUGUAGAAAUGAUUAAGCAACAGCAAAAGCUGAUUUUGCUGCAGCUGCAAAAGCUCCAGGCGAACAGAUCAACCCUGGAUGAGGUUCCAGAUUUGACAGACCUUCGACUUCCAAUGUCCUCGCUGGAAGACUUGAGGAGAGUUGAGGGCCAACUUUCAGAUCAAGACAUUAAAAAUAACCUGGUGCUGUGCAUCGCAACCAUUCUGAAGUUCCUGAUGUGGAGAUAGAAAAAUACAUAAAACGAUGGAUGCAGCUAGCCCCUGACAGAGAUGGAGGGAGAAAAAGGAGAGAGCGAGUGAGUUGUGACCAGACCUUG